GUUUACACAUAACAACGGGAAAAGCUAAGAUAGGAAAAAUAUAUAAAUAAUUAGAUCUACUAACGAUAUUUUAAGAGCUGACUAAAUUUGAUUUUUCACCCCUAAAGAAAACAUAAAAAUUAUGAAAAAUGGGCAAGCGGAGAGGAGAAGCAGAUAAUCCUAAUGCAGAUUUUUGUGAAUUCCUAUUGGAACUGGCAUAUUAUGAAAAAAAUGUGACAAGAACCAUUCAUAAAUAUAAUGUGUAUCGUAAAGCAGCAAGUGUGCUUGCAAAGCAUCCUGUAAGGAUAAAAAGUGGAGCUGAAGCUAAAAAACUAGCUGGUAUUGGAAUAAAAAUUAGCAAAAAAAUUGAUGAGUUUAUAAAAUGUGGAAAAGUGGAUAAAGUUGAGAAGAUUAGAGUUGAUGAAACAAACAUGGCAAUAAGUGAACUUACUAAAGUUACAGGCAUUGGGGCUAAAACAGCAUAUGAUUUUGUCCAAGAAGGUAUUAAGUCAGUUGCAGAUUUAAGAAAAAAUUUAGAUAAGCUGAAUCAUCAACAAAAGAUUGGAGUCAAGUAUUUUGAAGAGUUUCAGCUACGAAUACCAAGGGAUGAAAUGAUUCAAAUAAAAAAUUUUGUCAAAGAUAUAAUACUUAAAAUGGACAACAAUUACAAAGUCAAGGUGUGUGGAAGUUUUCGAAGAGGUGCUGAAAGUAGUGGUGAUAUAGAUUUUCUUUUAACACACCCUAACUUCACAACAACAUCAAAAAAUAAGCCUGUCUACUUGCACGAUGUUAUAAAAAAACUUCAACAAAUUAAAUUUAUCACAGACACAUUAUCACAUGGAGAUUCCAAAUUUUUGGGUGUUUGUAGACUGCCCACUUCAGCUGAUGGAAAAGAAUUUUCUUUCAGGAGAAUAGACUUUAGGCUUCUUCCACAUGACCAGUACUACUGUGCAUUGCUCUCUUUUACUGGUUCAGACGUCUUCAAUAAAAUUAUGAGAAGUAAAGCUUUAGAACAAGGUUUUACUAUUAAUGAAUAUUCAAUCAGACCACUAGGCAGCACAGGAGUACCAGGGGAACCGUUACCUGUUACUUGUGAAGAAGAUAUUUUUGAAUAUAUAGGAAUGCCAUACAGAAGCCCUGUUGACAGGAAGGCUUAAUUAAUCACAUAAUUACAGACACUAAAUUCUGAAUUCAAAUUCAUUUAAUCCAAUUAUCUUAAUAUGCUGUGAUACAAGAACAUUCUUAUUUUAUAAUAACCAUGUAUUAUUUUUAAAUGUAUGUGGCUGGCCUUCAUUGUUUAGCAAAGUAUUGAAUGUGUGAUACAUUUAAGUAAUUUUUGCCACUAUAUAUGGUGGAAUGACUUUACUCAAUGUUUUUAUUGGUCUCUUUAUUUAUGAUUUUUUGAUACCAUCUUUUAUUAUAUAUAUUUUUAUGUGCCAUAAAAAGUAUGAAGUAUUUGUCAUACAGCAUUUUAGGAAACAGAAAACUUUAAAAUACAGCUUGUAUAUAAGCCCAUUUUCUACAUAUGCAUGUGAUGUUAAAGAAUGAAUUAUCUUCAAAAAGUUAUGUUGAAAAACUGGUGCUGAGUUUGAUCUUGAACUAAUAUAUCCAAAAUUAUAUAACAUAUAUAAUGUCACAUUAUGCUUCAAAGCUGUAUCAAAAACAAUACAUCAUGUACCUAGAUAUAUUUCUAAUUUUUUGCCACAAAUUACACCUUUUAUCAUUGCAAUUGGAUGUGGUAUUUAAGGUUUUUGGGGCUGUUGUCCAACAUCUUUGAUGACAAAUGUGUACACCAAAAGGACUUUACAUGACCUGUGUAUUUGGAAAUGGAUAAGUGAGGAGUAACUUUAUAUACAAUUCACGUUCUUGGGUAUUUUAACACAAGUAUUUAAUUAAUAAAUAAUGUAUACUAUAACAUUUUAAAAAUAGUUAUUCUACAUAAGUUUUUUUAUGUAAUGGAUGUAAAACUAAAUAAAAAAAUAUUAA